AUGGCGCUGCUGAGCCAAGCCCCACGUUCAAGGCCUGCUACAGCCACCGAAAGGACCCACGAUGAAGCCAAGAACGACAGAAAGCCAAAGAAGAGAAAGCUCUUGAAGCGUCUGACGCGAGAACUGAGCAGAUCGAACCUUAGCUUGUCCAAUCUGAAGAAAGCAGCCGCAGCCAAGGAAAAGGCGCAAAAGGAGCAGCAACAGAAGCAGCAAGACUUGCCUGGCGAGAAGAAAGUCAAAAGCAAGAAGUCCAAGUUGAAAAACAAGAAAGACGAUGCUGCUGCUCUCGAGAUGCACCCUGUUGGUUCUGAGACACGCGAGGUCUUGCUUAGCCGGACGUAUGACUCGGAUGCGGCAAGCUUGCCGGAUAUCAGGGACAGUGUCGUUGAACGUUUGACGAAAACCGUGACGCUUCCGGAUAACGACGAAGAAAAAGCGAAACUAUCGCCUAUCAAAAGCAAACGCAGCACAGAUCGGAGGGGUGAUGUGAGCAGCAUUGAUUGGGGAGGAAAAGGUGCCGGCAGUGGGCCGUACGGAUGGGGCGAACCAAGCAGCAGCGCACCUGUCCUGUCCAUCCGUAUACCUGAAGGCCUCUCCGACUUAGGCGUACUGCCCUCAUGCAAUGUCAGCGUCGAAGACCUGCUCCAGUUGUACCAGCCAAGCGGCAGAAGCAGCCCAUGGAAAAAGUUCGCAGAACAACACCUGCGCAGGCGUUCGAAGUCAGCGGACAAUUUACGGCCUGCUACACCCGAUCUCAAACCCACAGAGCUGCCGAGCCUCGCUUCGUCUUUCAAUAGCAAAGUCUGGUCUCUGUCAAAAGACGAGACCACUCCUCUCAAUCUCCCACUUACUGAACCAAAGCACAUAAUACGCGAGGAUAAAGCUCAGGAGGGAGCUCCUGACGAGAUCAAGCUCAACACCAGCCCAAGCUUUCCCAACAAGCUCCCCUUUGCUUCGUCUCCGAGCACGAACCAUGGCACCGAUACUACUACUUGUCGCGCCGUCUCUGAAGCCUUACCUGAUGCAGAGCAGCGUGCCCUAAGCACCCGCCCAGGUGCUGCCCGCCGCGCCUCUGUCAAUGUCCUGCCUACCAAUAUUCCUGACUCGGAAAGCGCGAGCGUGCAUUUACACAACAUGCGCAUAUCCCAACAUCUGCGCUCCGAGAGCACACUGUCCGGAAUCUCGGGACCGUUGAUGACCGAAUCGCAGCAGCCACUCCAGCGCUCCGCGAGGGGCAGUGUUGUGAGCGGCGUUAGUGGUGGGUUGGGCGUGCCACCCCCUCUCCACAUGCAGCCGAGCAACAGCACGGUUCGAAGACUGCGCUGCUCAUCGUCUGGGUUUGCGAGUGAGCGCGUGCCUGAAGGCUGGGGCAAUGUCGUGUCGGCGGCACCGAGCAGCGUAUACUCACCCAGCUCGGUAUACUCGACACGCCAGAACAGCUUGGCGAGCAGUAGCUGCACGCCUGUGGCUUCCAAACAGCUGAAUACCAUCGCCUCUUCCUCCAGCAGCGGGCCUGGAGCCAUCGUCAGGAAGAGCGGGUACGAGGUGUUGAACUUGAGUGAUGUGGGCGCACUGACUAGAGAGGGCGCGCAACUCAAUGAAAAAGGAAGCAAUAGUGUCCAAUGGAACCCAAAGCAGUCCUCAGCAAUGCCUGGUGCCUUUCCACCAUCAAGCUCGACGAACUUGCUCAACAGGGCGGACACAGGGUUGACUUUUAGGACGGCGAAUGAGCGACCCGAGACGACACAGAAAGGCAACACCAACGCGAGCGGAAAGGGAAAACAGCAUGCAUACGAGUUGCUGGAUUCUUCGGACCAGAUGACUGAUGCAGGAGAGGAUGUGCCUCUGAGGCCUAACCAGCAGAGCUCUGAAGAGACGACAGAUAGCUCUUUGGACAUCACCCCUGUCACUGCAAUCGAGUCACCCGUGUCGAGCGAGAAGGUCCCGAGAGAGCAGCUUGUUACGCCACCGCCAGCGAAGCAGCCGAGUAGCGUCAGGGGCGAGAAAAGGACACCCAGCAUCAAGACACCCAGUAAGAGAUUCUCGACUUUCUCGUUCUUCCGCAGAAAAACCUAUGCGAACUUGCGCCGUGCGUCGCACAAUCACGCGCUGCAUGCCAGGAAAACUUCAAGGUCUCAGGAGAAUCUGGUCUUUGAUGGCUCUAAAGACAAGACACUCAAAGGAGCCCAUGGUCUCGAUACCCAUACGGAUGGGCCUUCGGACUCACAUACACCUCCGCACUCUCCCGGAAUCCCACCCGCUCUGGAUCACAAGGAGUCCAUAGGGUCAGAGCCCAUCGAAGAACAUCAGCCUAGCCGACUCUCUCGCUCCUGGAUCAUCGGCGACGGCCGCAACGACCUAGGCCAGGGCGCCGUCUGGGAGAAAGCUCUACAGAAACACCGCGAGGAGAAGAGUGCGAUGUUCUUGUCUCCAGAAAAGGGAGGCAAAGCCGAAGCGCGGGGCUUGUUUCGAGAACGCAGCGGAAGCGGGAGUGCUAUCAGUGCGCGGUCUCAGCUGAGCGACCGGAAGGGUAAAGGUCCGGCCAUUGACGAUGACUUCACAUUUGGUGGAGUUAGGCCAGGCCUGCAGAGGUCGCCAACCGUUUUGCUCGAUCCAUUGGAAAUUGGAUUUGGAGAGGAGUUGGCGCGGCUGAAAGAGGGAGGUGGGAUGCUGGGUGAUGAGCUCAGGCAGAGCAAAGUGUCGGUAUCUUUGACGCCAGCGACUGGCAUCUCUCCUGGAGCGUCGAUCAAAGAUGAGCCCAGUGUGGUUUCGAUUGAGAAAGACCUGCAUAUCGAUAGCUGGGGCGGGACGACGUUGGCGGAUAUUGAUCUGGGUGACCUCGGUGCUUGGAGUCGCUAUCCCAGUCACACCAGAGAGCAACGUACCGGACCUGCUGGUUCAGCAGAUAACGUGAGGACCCGGGACUUCGCGUACGAGAUUGUCGAUGCGGAAGAGAUGGAGGAUGAGAGUUCGACCGAGGAAGAGGACAACGGCAAGAGUGGAGUCCAGCGACUUGCUACACUGCGACCGAAGAAGAAGACGAAGACCCGCAGCGGUAUGUCGAAGAGUAAGAGCAUGACCUUCAGCCGUAACUUCAGCUUUCUCAAGCAUUACAUCGGUCUCUUCAGGAGUCAGAGCGAGGAGUUCAGGAGACAUGGUCAUGGCCACCGUAGCUCCAUCGCUGAGGGCGGCACGCUCGAGCAUCCGGAGCUGGAGAUGUUGCCACCAGUCUUCUCACCAGUCAUGUUUGAGGUUCAGGGAAGCGCACCUGGAUUACAAACAGAUGGCGCGACUUCGAAAGCAGACCUCAUCUAUGUGGAUGACGACCAAGCAGCUCCUAAUGUGGAGGCUCAGGCAGAAGGAAGCAAAGACGAGCAUAGGCAUCCCCAGACCACCAUGCCCGGUCGGCGUGAAGAGUCCAGGACAGAUAGUUCGGAUGGAUCCUGGGCGGCCAACGCUCGCCUGUGGACACGCGCUUUUGGCAGUGAUGCCGAUCGCGGGAAGCGCGCGCUUGGGAAGAAGACAAACAGCUCGACCGAGUGGUGGAGCAAUGCUCGUACGUGGACACGAUUCAGCACACCGAGCCAGGAUUUCCAGGACGUCAUGGACGAUGCGCGGCAGAAGGCUGUCCUCACGCCCACGCGGUUAGAGAGGCAGACUGAAGGUUCUGCAGAGGAGACUACAAUUGCCGCUCCAGAGAAGGUAGCCAUUGAGCGUACCAUGACAGCAAAAGUCCCGAGGCGGACGAAGCAGAGCUCUUCGGACGAGUGGCGUUCCGAUGCACGCCUUUUCUCGCAGAUGUACGAGUCUUGCGUCCAGAUGCCGAACUUCGGCAGCUCCGAAGAUGCCAAUGCUUGUGACACGACGGGCAAGAAACCAGAGACGACUGACGAACAUCAUCAACUGUCGCCUUCGGCAUCUGGAACGGCGGUUCGUCUUGCCAGCAUGGGUGCGGAGGCCGAGGCCAAGAAAGUCAAGAAGGUCAAGAUCAGAACAUUGUCAGAUAACUAUAGCGAAAAUGCAGGCAAAAAUAGUGAGGGAUUUGCGAGAAACGACAGCUUCCUUAGUAUUGGUAGUGCUGAGGGUACCACGAUGGAGUUGAUGAGGUUCUUGCAUGACUUGGAGGAAGAUGAGAGGCUCAAAUUGGAGGGAGAGAGGGUGGAAGGAGUUUGA